AUGUCGGACCCUACAGGCCCUCUGGGUCUGGACGCCCUCACUCACGAUUGGCCGGCAACGACACUUUACGUGUUCCCACCAUUUCCCCUGAUCACAGCUAUGCUAGACAGGAUGUCUAACAAUGCCGCUGCAGCCUCCAGGAGAGGAGUAUUUCAAGCUCAUGGUGAUGGUGAAGAAGAGUCGAAACAACCCAGUCAUAGCUACAUGCUGAGUGACUUUGACUCAGACCCCAGCACAGACCCUGGAUCUGAGACUGACCUUGACAGUGAAGAAGCAGAGAGUGAAGCAGAAUUAGACACACAUAAAGAGAGUGCCACAACUGGUCCAGAACUCACUGAAUUGAGAGAUAUAGGUAAAGGCCCACAGACCAAUGUCUAUAAAGAAGAGGUGUACAUAAGUACUACACACACCCAGCCUAAAACCAAAGGAGAGCUCCACAUUCACUCUGUGUUGGAGUGUGGGAGUGAGGUGAUGACGUGCCAGUUCAACAAUGAAGGGACUCUGUUGGCUGUUGGUCUGAGUGACGGAGCCAUCAAGCUCUACAGUAUGGACAAUGGGAAUUUUCUACAGACACUAAGGGACAGCAGCAGCAUUCUGUCCUCUCUACCAGUUACUGCACUACGAUUCACUCUGAGCUCCCAGUCACGUUGUCUCCUGCUGGCUACCUGUGAGUAA